GACAAAAUCAUCCACAAAUAUUUUUUACAAAAUCAAGAUUGAGAUUGCCAAGUGGCAAAAGUUCAUUGGCUAUCAACACUAAGUGUAGAUAAGAAAAUGGAUAAGACAUUCCAAUGGCAAUUGACAUUUAUUUUUAACACACACACCAAACCAUUUCUCUUUGCAACAAGAGAAAUCAACUAGCUAGUCCAAUUGAGUUGAUCUAAUGGCUUCAAUGACAAUGACAACCUCAUUGGCCUCCGGCGGCUCGGUCGCGGCCCUGGCUAGAGCCCCAGCCGCGACACGCCCUAGGGUUGUCAUGGUUAAGGCUAGCUCUAACACGUCUGAGGGUGAAAAUAUCGUUAUGAGCAACAAAAAAGAGAUCAACAACGUCGGUGGUCGUAGGGAGUUGUUCUUUGGCAUGGCGGCCGCUGCUGCAUGUUCAGUAGCAGGGGCCGCCCUGGCUGAUGAACCUGAGCCGAAGCGCGGCUCACCGGAAGCCAAGAAGAAGUACUUUCAAGUUUGUGUCUCAAAUCCAACAGCUAGAAUUUGCCGUGAUGCAACUUAAGAUCAAGGCCAAGUUUGUGUGUCUAUUUAUUUUCUUGUACUUAUGCUAUGCUUUUUAUUAAUUUGGAAAAAUGAAAAACAAAAAUAAAUAAAGAUAUUGUAAAACUUUCUCAUGCAAAAUUAGUAUAUUUCGAUUUCCC